GAAGAUAUGUAAUUGAUUGUGGAGUGUUGAUUAUCAUCACGGCGCGAAACGGCUUCACCUUUACGUUGACAGCGAGCAUCCCGAUCAAGGAACGAUAGAAGGAAACAAAGUACCAACUGGCCGCGUCUGAACUCAACCGAUACCAUCUUUGUCUAAGCACACUGUCGCAUCAGUUGUCACGUAACCGCCUGAAGUAACUGCCCGCAACAACUGCCCAUCUCCACCAAACCCAGUUUCAUUGUAACUGCGACGAGCGGACAAACAAAGGACGGAGCAAAAAUGCCCAGAAGGAAACCCAAGACCCCUGUCCAACCCGCCGACACAGCGGCCGUGGCGUCAACCGCAAAUAUCACCAGCGCAACGAAACCAACGACGAGAGCGACGGCAAAUGCCUCCCGAAAAACAUACCAGCCAUCGGCACCUGCCCCAAAGCAGGUGACUUUCCCCGCGCGCAGGAAGGUCAUCCGGACCUAUGGCGGUCGGAGAUCGCUUCCUGCGAGGUUGGAGACGACGUCGACGCCGGGGUCUGAGGAGAGGAUGAGAAAGAGUCUGAGGCAGCAGACUCUGACUCAGGUGGGGUAUGUACGGUCAUCGUCUGGGUUAUCCGCUGGUCGAGAUGGAGAGGAGGAAGGAGAAGGCGAGGAGGAUAUGCUCUUGGGAGAGGAUGAGAUGGAGGGCUUGGGGGGCGGCGAGACCGAUGUGAGUUGGGGGAGAGAGGUGGAGGUUGAGGCUAAGGUGCAAAAAAAUAUGAGCGGAAAGCGGCUGGUGGUGGAGGAGGGGGUUGAGAUUGUCAAGGUUAGUGAGAAGAGGAGGGGAGAAAGAAGGUCCAAGAGGAGAAAGACAAUGGGGGAUGUGCCUACCCCGACUGCGCCUGGGUUGGAGAGGAAGGGGUCAAGUUUCCAUACGCAGACUUUGACGCAGUUCCUGGGGGCUUCAGCGUCACGCUCGGGGGUCGACAAAGCGGGAAAUGCUGGGCUGAGGGUGGCGGAUGAGGAUGAGGUUGAGGACCUGCCGUUACCAGGGAACCCUUCGACGCCUAACAAACGCCCUUCAUCGGUCAAGGCCGGCCAGGCAACAGACAAGGCCGCGGCUGUCCCCUUCACACCUAGCAACAAGCACAUCAAAGCCGAGAUCGACGAGGUCCCCUCCUCGCAACCCACGCCGUUCACGCCCAUGCUGGGGUACAGCCCGAUAAUGCCAAUCAGGUCGCCGUUGACGCAGAAAUCGACAAACGUUCAUGCCCUGGCCCCGGCUGUCGAGACGACAUCGAAACGGCCCCGGACCCUGGUCAUCCAGGACAGCUACAGCAUGGCCAGCAGUGAGGGCCUCUCUUCCUCGGUAGCAGAUGAGUCCCCGAGAAAGGAAGAGGGUACACCUCCCCAGCCAUCGGCGAGGGAGCCUCUGUCCGAGAUACCCCUCGCUAGUCUCGAGCUUGGCGUAGGUUCCACUCCCACUGUAGAGACCUCAUCAGCCAGGCGGAAGGAAAUGUUCUUCGAGAUUCCCGAUUCAGAUGAUGAGAUGGAGAGCGUCGGGUCCACCCCUUUCAAGGCUCGGUCUACUCAGCAAACGCCCCUGAAGAGGGAUAGUGGCAGCUGGGGUUUUCCGAUAGCAUGGUAUCCAGCCCCAGGUGCAAGGUCUACAAGGAUCAGAGUAUCGGAGACUCCUGCGAGCUUGGGCAGGUCGGACAAGGAGAAUGAGUCUCCAGGCAUCCAGGUGUGGAAUGAAGAAGAGACGAUUAAUGAGGGGGAGGAGCCCGGUUCGCGCACUCCGAGAGUGACAGGAUCGCAAACAACAAAGGGCAGGGGCAGCGCGAGCCAAGCCAGCCCUAAUACGGCCUCUCAAUUUUGGACCGCGUCAGUGGAGGAUGCUGGCGGCUCGGAGCAACCAGGAAGGCCUGCUUGCAGUGUCUUGGCCGAACUUGCCGCCCCGGAGCCAGCGGUCGGUGAAGCCCCGGGUACGCCAACUCCCGGUCCACGUCCAUCGCAGUUUCGCGGCAGCAUGCGUGAGUUAAGUGAGAAGCCCCGCAAGGGCACGCCGCAGAUGGAUGACUCGGAGGAGACAGCCAGCGAGGCGGAGGAAGAGCACAUACCAACUUCCAUCCUUCGCAAGCCGGCGCUUCAAAGGACACCACGCAAUGACUCGUUGGGCCUAAAGAAGCGCCAGUCGACGCCUAUAGUCAUCACAUCUGAUUCAUCCGCCAGUGAGGCGCCCGGUACGCCAACACCAGCCGUUCGGAAAGUCCAGAUCGAGCUGCCCCCAGCUCCAGGCGCCGAAGAAGUCUGCAAGGAGACCCCCAGAAGAGAACCUCACAAGCCGUCGCCAGUGUACCAACGGCAGACUCAAGCUCGAUCCCAAGCCCGGUCUCAAUUUUACAGCUACGGCCUCGAGAGCCAGCGUGUCCCGAUGGAGGUCAUCCGCUCGCUCGGGUCGCAAACAGAUCGUUCAGACAUCGUCAUCUUGAUCGACUCGGACAUCGUGGACGACAUUGUCAAGGGCCUUCGAGACCACGAGUUUCGCGACUACAGAUUCCCGAUGCAAGUCUGCCGCUGCUGGAUCUUCGCCGGCCAUCCUGCAAACGAGGUCAAAUACAUGGCCACUCUGGGUCCCGCCCAAGAGCCGGGCCAAAUCGACAGCAGCAGCGGCCUGGGUAAUGCCGAGUUUAACGCCGGCGCUUCAGGCCACAAGUUCGCGCAUAAACUGCUGCAGGUGUACCAGCUGAACAAUCCGGUCCCGCUGGAGGACAUGGCAGACAACGGGCUGGGAGAGGGGCCGCCGGCGAAGUACAGGUACAUCCCGCCGGCGAUUGUAGGGCAGCUGCUAGCGAACCUGCGAUGUUCGUUGUUUGAGGAAGAGGGUGAGGUGGAGGGAGAUGGGGAUGCUGGUGAAGGCGACGUGACCAUAUCCCAGGAGCUGGAAGAGCAGUUUCGCAGCGACAUCAUCCACUCCACGCAGCUGCGGUCAACCGAAUCGGGGCGCCACCACGAAGAGGAAGAUAUCAUCCCAGCAAGCCAGAGCCCGCUCAAGGCCCGGUCAAACCCCGCCAAGCCGGACGACGCAUUCGCGCGCCCGCCGAUCCCAGCUCAGCGGUCAAGCCAGCGCCUCCGUAACCAGCAUCAAAGCCGAAAUCAGCCCUCGCGCCAACCUCCGGCCAAAAGACAACGCCAAUCAAACCCCUCGGUCACCACCGCAACAGGUAGCAAAGCCCCAAACUCGAUCCGCCCUUCCCAAGCAACAACAGCAUCAGACAUCUCGGUGCCCUCCUCGCCGGCAAAGCCGUCGUCGGAGUUGUCGUCGGACCCGGCCUUCUCGGUUCCGAGACCGCCCUUGCCCGGGUCCAGCGAGCCGUCGCUGCCGGAGGAUGAUCCACUGCCGCCGCUGUCGGGGGGGAUGGGCGAGAGUAGUUUGCUGCCGCUGCCGCCGGCUGGGUUCUUGCUGUCAUCGUCGCAGACUGGAGGCGUGUUGCUACCGCCUGAUAGCUUGUUGGUGGAUGAGGGACGGGUGGCGCCGCCUCCUGUUGUUUGGGGUUCGGAUGAUGAUGAGGACGGCGAGGAGGGGGAGGAGGAGGACUAGGGUGUUUGAG